GGUGACUUCUAUCAUAAUUGUGACGUACUCUUAUUGCAAAAGGGAGAACUCGUCUUAUCACGUAGACCAACCGAACAAGAAAAAAAGUUUCUGAAAUAUUCUGAUUAUGGUCCUUGUCCCAAAUGUCUAGGUUUCAUGAAGAAACGGCAUCUAUGGCACCAUCUUAAAUAUUCAUGUGUCUGCAUGAAGGACAAAAAUAUUUUGAAAUCGUUGAAAACAUCACGGCAACCAGCUGCUGAGAGUACUUCCCUACUGAAUGGAAUCUAUGGGCAAAACCUAACACAAGAUUUUCGUUCUAAUAUUUUGAACAAGCUGCGAAAUGAUGACAUAUCUGAAAUAUGUCGCAAAGAUGAUCUCAUUCUACGAUAUGGAGCAUUUCUCUAUGAAAAAUAUGGUAGCACUCAGAGAGAACUAAUAAGACAAUCUAUGCGGCAACUUGGGAGGUUAACAAUAGAGCACACUAAGGGAAAUACGAAUGUAAACAAGUUAAUUGACGCUCUCACUCCUGAAAUGUUUGAUGCUGUUGUCUCAGCGACAAAGUCUCUCUGUUCAACAUCUACCAAAGUAGCGAAAAGGACUGAAUUUGGAAUUCCAUCUUUGGCGCUGAAAAUUGGGUAUUCUGUCAGAAAAUGCAUUGGGAUUGAAAGAGGUUUAUGUUUGCGGAAGGGUGACCUGAAAAGAAAUGAUAUACUGUUAGGUUUUUUGUCGAUUUUGGAUUUGGAGUGGAGCGUCAGAAUCUCAUCUAAUGCAUUAGCUACUCUGCAAUCUAGAAAACUCAAUUCCGUUGAUUUACUUCCAAUUACUGGUGAUUUGAUCAAAUUGAGCAAGUUCUUAGAAUUUAUGAUCGGAGAAACUAAGAAUGACAUGAAAAGAGAAAAGAGUUUUCAAAAUUGGAGUAAACUAGCAUCACUCACCUUGAGCCGUAUCAUUCUUUUCAAUAAAAGAAGAUCAGGAGAAGCUGCAAGAAUGAGAGUUGAGAACUACACUAACAGACCGGCAUGGCAAAGUCAAAGUGUAGCAGAAAUGAGAGAAUCUUUGACGGAAUUUGAAAAUCAGUUAGCUAGUGCCUUAACGGUUGUAGAAAUAGUAGGAAAGCGAGGAAGAAAAGUACCAGUCUUGCUCACUGAAGAAAUGAAAGAAUCUAUCGAUUUUCUACUGGCAACUCGUAUAGAAGUGGGAGUGCCCGAGGGAAAUCCUUUCGUGUUUGCACGGUUAGGUGAAUUACAUUCCUAUAUGAGAGGCCACGAUUGCAUAAAAAAAUGGUGUUCUGAAGCAAACUUAGAGUCGCCAGAAACGAUAACAAGUACAAAGUUAAGAAAGUACGUAGCUACCGUUUGUCAAGUUUUCAAUCUCAAAGAGAACGAGUGUGAUUGGCUAGCGAGACAUUUGGGUCACGAUAUUAGGGUCCAUCGUGAAUUCUACCGUCUCCAUGAAAAUACAGUUGAGCUAACCAAAGUCAGCAGGUUGCUUUUGGCAGUUGACCAAGGAAAAGCACAUACAUUUGCUGGAAAAUCUCUAGAGGAUAUUCAAGUACAAGAUUUGCCACCUAUAGAAGAAGAUCCGCCUGAUUUAGAUGGAAAUGAUGAAGCUGAUGAUGAAAGCAAUGAAGGAAUUCUAAGGGUCAGUGCUGGGGAUUCAGCAAACAAAAUGGAAAUAGAAUUACCAUCAGAACCAUCACUUGAAAAAGCGAAACAAAAACCUAAAACCACCAAACCAAAAAGGACGAAGAGGGAGGCAGCUCUAGGAAGAGUUCCGUGGAAUCAUUCUGAGAAGGAAGUUUUGUUGAACGAAUUCAAAAUUGGAAUAAAAAGAGGAAUCGUACCAGGAAAGGCUAAGUGUACGAUGAUAAAACAUGAUCAUGACAAUAUACUCAGCAGUAGAUCAUGGACUGAUAUUAAAUUUUUCGUUAAGAAUGUAAUAACAAGAAAUAAGAAAAAUCGAAACUGA